AGCUCGCCAUUGUAAGAUGGCGCAUUGAAGAGAGCUGCAACGCGAAAACUGUGCUGUGUACUGCCAAGAAGAUCAGUGUGCAAUCACAAAGGCAACGGGACCCUAGCCAUCCCCAAAACAAAAACAUAGGUGACCGCGAAUACAAUCGUGAUAAUUUAAGAAGUAUUUUGCGUGCAUUUUAGUGGAAUUCCCUUCAUUUUCGCUUGCGAUUUUAGUCUCAAUUUGGUGAAGUGAAAUUUUCUCCUUAGCUACGUUGCCCUAGACCAGAUGUAAUUCAAAAUGGCGUCUGGGUUCAAGAGAUGAAAAAUAUUUAGUGAUUGAAAAUUCAGUUUUUCGGCAUUAGUAGUCCAAUUUUUCAUUGGAUUUUCACAUUUUCGGAUGAAUUAGACCGUGUGAAAAGUUUUCAACAGAAAACCCCGCAUCGGAAUUGCGGUUUUAGUAGUGAAUAUAAAGAAAAACUGCUGGAAAAUCGACAUGAGUCAGUCGAAGGAGGACAAAAGCGACUCGGAAAAUGAAUCUGGCAGCGAUAGCAAAAGCGAGUCCGGCUCGUCGGAUUCGGAGAGCGAGAGUGGAUCCGGUGGCUCCUCGAGUUCCAGUGAUCACGAGGACAACAGCGAGCAGCGGGACAGCAGUGUGAACGUUUCGCAUAACAAUGAUAAUAGCACACAUGAGCCUUCGUCUUCCAAGCCGGAGGAGAACGGUAACGCUUCGGAAGAUGGUGAUGACUUGAACGAGAGCAAAUCUCACGAUGAAUCCGACAAUGACACCAGCGGACACAUGAACAACAACGAAGAAACGAAUGACAAGUCAAGGAGUAGUGCCCAAUCCGGUUCCGGGUCGGACGCAAGCGAUGAAGAGCAGAAUGAGACAAGGGACAAUAGCGACUCGGAAGAUAGUGGCAAACCUAGUAACGCCAGUCAAACCCAGGACGACGAAGGCGGAUCAGGAAGCCAUAAUUCGGAUGACGAUGACGAUGACGACGAGGAGGAACAGCAGCACGACCAGUCUUCAAAAAGUAGUUACGAUGAUGAGGACUACGCUGCCAACAAACGACGGAAUAAUGCUCGCAAAAAGGCGGCGGCGGCGCAAGUUAAACGCAAGACUGCUACCGCGUCGCAACCAAAGAAGAAGAAAAGAAGCAGCCGUUGGAAAUCGGACACUUCGGGAGGGAGUGACGACGCUAGCGAGCCGGAUAGCUCGGAUGAGGAUGGCAGUUACGGUGGCCGGAAAGCGGCACCCAAGAAGCGUUCUGCGCCACCGCCAAGGACGAAAGCGAAGAAAAAGAAACCGGCUGCGUACUCUUCGGACGAGGCUAGUGACAGCGGAGAGGACCAUUCCCGUCAGGGCCGAAACCGAAGGAAAACGGCCGUCAGUUAUAAGGAGGAAAGCGGAGAGGAACAAACCGAUAGCGAGGAUUUGCUGGAAGUAGAUCCGGAAGCGGAAGAGGCUGCUGCGGUCGCGGCAGCGGAAGACGAGAAAACCGAGACAAUCGAGCGGAUAAUUGGCCAGCGGGUGGGCAAGAAGUCCGCUACGGGAGCGGUAACGACUUGCUACGCCGUAGAGGAAAGCGGUGAUCCUAAUGAAGGAGGGGAGGCGGAUGAAAAUGGUACCGAAAACACCGAGCCACAGUAUUUGAUCAAAUGGACCGGUUGGUCUUAUCUGCACUGUACGUGGGAGUCGGAGGAAACUCUGAAGGAACAGAAAGUCAAGGGGAUGAAGAAGUUGGAAAAUUACAUCAAGCGAGAACGCGACAUCGAGUACUGGCGAAAGUAUCAAGCGGGGCCAGAGGACAUCGACUACUACGAAUGUCAGCAGGAACUGCAUCAGGAUCUGUUGAAGAGCUACUACAAUGUUGAGAGGGUGAUAGCGCAGGUGGAGAAGCCAGAAGGCGGUACGGAUUAUCUUUGUAAAUGGGAAUCCCUUCCGUACGCGGAUUCCACCUGGGAGGAUGCUAUUUUGAUAUCGAGAAAGUGGGAGAAGAAAAUCGAAGAGUUUUUGGAUCGGGAGAACAGCAAACGGACACCGUCUAAGCACUGUAGAGCUAUUAGGAGUAGACCUAAAUUUCAUCACUUGAAGGCGCAGCCGGACUAUCUCGGUGAGGAUCGGGGCUUGAAGCUGAGAGAUUAUCAGAUGGAUGGACUGAACUGGUUGAUUUUGACUUGGUGCAAAGAAAACUCCGUCAUUUUGGCAGACGAAAUGGGUUUGGGUAAAACAAUCCAAACCAUUUGUUUUUUGUACUAUCUGUUUAAAGCACAACAGCUGUACGGACCGUUUCUGUGUGUAGUUCCGCUGAGUACGAUGACAGCGUGGCAGCGGGAAUUCACCAUUUGGGCCCCUGAAAUGAACGUUGUCACGUAUCUUGGUGAUGUACCUUCGCGUGAAAUAAUUCGCCAAUAUGAGUGGUGCUUUGAGAGCAAGAAACUCAAAUUUAACGCCAUUCUCACCACCUACGAGAUUCUUCUCAAAGACAAAACUUUCCUCGGCAGCAUCAGCUGGGCCGCGUUACUAGUUGACGAAGCACAUCGAUUGAAAAAUGAUGACUCGUUACUCUACAAAGCUCUAGAGGAAUUCGAUACAAACUAUCGGCUGCUUAUUACUGGUACACCACUGCAAAAUUCGUUGAAAGAGCUGUGGGCGCUACUUCAUUUCAUCAUGCCGAAUAGGUUUGAUUCGUGGGAAACGUUCGAGCGAAAUUACGGUAACACUACCAAUGACAAAUCGUACACCAAACUGCACAAAGAGCUGGAGCCAUACAUUCUUAGGAGGGUUAAAAAAGACGUCGAAAAGAGUCUUCCGGCGAAAGUAGAGCAAAUUCUGCGAGUGGAAAUGACCUCGAUCCAACGGCAGUACUACCGAUGGAUCCUAACGAAAAAUUUUGACGCCCUACGGAAAGGAAUGAAGGGUUCCAUCAACACAUUCCUCAAUAUAGUGAUUGAACUGAAGAAAUGCUGCAACCACGCGCUCCUGACUCGGCCCAUCGAGUUCGAAACUCAGACCAAUCAGGAUGACAUUGUUGUGCAGCUGCUGAAGGGAUCGGGGAAGCUGGUGCUGUUGGAUAAGCUUCUGUGUCGACUUAAGGAAACUGGCCAUCGGGUGUUGAUUUUCUCCCAGAUGGUACGGAUGCUGGAUAUUUUGGCCGAGUACCUCCAGAAGAGGCACUUUUCUUUCCAACGGCUGGACGGUAGCAUCAAAGGGGAGCUCCGAAAGCAGGCGUUGGAUCAUUUCAACGCGGAAGGAUCGACCGAUUUUUGCUUUUUGCUGUCCACCCGGGCUGGUGGGCUCGGUAUCAAUUUAGCCACUGCCGACACGGUUAUCAUUUUCGAUUCCGACUGGAACCCUCAGAACGAUCUGCAAGCGCAAGCACGAGCGCAUCGGAUAGGACAGAAGAAUCAGGUUAACAUUUAUCGGUUGGUGACGGCGCGGUCCGUGGAGGAAGACAUUGUGGAACGGGCGAAGAAAAAGAUGGUGCUGGACCAUUUGGUUAUCCAACGGAUGGAUACCACGGGGCGGACAGUUUUGGACAAAAACGGGGGUAAUAACACAAGCAAUCCCUUCAACAAGGAUGAGCUGUCAGCGAUAUUGAAAUUUGGGGCGGAAGAGUUGUUCAAAGAGGACGAAGAUGGAGAUGACGAGUUGGUUUGUGAUAUUGAUGAGAUACUGAAGCGAGCGGAGACUAGAGACGAAGCUCCGGAGAUGCCCGGCGAUGAGCUACUGUCGGCGUUCAACGUUACGACGUUUGACUUCGAUGAAGAGAAGGAAACAUCCGCUAUAAGGAAACCUACGAAACCACCCACAGACGCGGAUCAGGACGGUGACACCAAGGACUGGGAUGAGAUAAUUCCUCAAAACUAUCGGAAGCUGGUGGAGGCCGAGGAACGAAACAAAGAGUUGAAUGAUCUGUAUCUUCCUCCGAGGAGAAAAACUUUGCAGCAGUUGAAUCAAGCCAACGAGGAUGGAACCGCGAAGAAACGUAAAAAACGACGAGCUGAAGAUGAAAGCGAUGAAGAAUCGGAGGCUAGCGAGGAAGGUAAACCUGGUAAGAAGGCGAGCGGCAGAGGACGACCUUCGAAUAAGGAGAAAAUCUCCGGUUUCACAGACACCGAGCUGAGGAGGCUCAUCAAAAGCUACAAGAAGUUCCCGGCUCCACUGAAACGAUUGGAAGCGAUCGCAAUGGAUGCCGAACUGCAGGAGAAACCAUUGUCGGAGCUGAAGCGAGUCGCAGAACUGUUGCAGGAACGCUGCGUGCAAUUCAUGGAACAUUCGAAAGAAAACGAGGAAAAAGAUAAGAACAAUCCUACAGACGAGAAGGCGAAACGGGGUCCCCGGGCUGCUUUCUCCAUACGUUUCGGCGGUGUGUCCUUCAAUGUGAAAACCCUGAUGCAAUGCGUGGAAGAGCUGCAACCGUUGGAUGAAGUUCUUCCGCUGGACCCUGAGGAACGGGCGAAAUGGGUUCUACAGAUUAAAACCAGACCAGCGAACUUCGACGUCGAAUGGAGUGGUGACGACGAUUCUCGGCUGCUGCGAGGUAUCUAUCAGUUCGGAAUUGGUUCCUGGGAAGCAAUGAAAAUGGAGGACUCACUAAACUUAGCGGACAAAAUACUUUCAAACGACGCCGAUAAGAAGCCUCAAGCGAAACAUCUCCAGUCUCGGGCGGAGUAUUUGCUGAAAAUUAUUCGCAAGAAUCUCGAACUGAAAAAGGGUCUCGGUAAAAAACCACGCAAACAGCGGAAGCCUCGAGGAGAAGGUAAAGCUAUCUCGGCUGCGAUAGUGCACUCACCCGUGUCGACCGGAACCGUGAAGGAUGAUCUGGACGAAAAGGAAGGAUCUUCCAACGAGGAAAAGAAGCUGCUGACUCCGAUAUCAGCUAAGAUAAAAAAGCUAUCCGAAUCGGAUAGCCACGUUCACGAUCACGACGCUAACUCGAAUGGUCCCACCAAGGAGGAGCAGAAGGAGAAGAAAGAGCGCAAAAAGAAGGAAAAGACAAAGGAGACAAAGAAAGACAAAAAGAAAAACACUGGACCAAUGCAUUUCACGGCGAACAACGAGCCGUGUGCGUUGAACAUCAUCGGUGAUUUGGAUCCGAGCGUUUUCAACGAAUGCAAGGAAAAGAUGCGACCCGUUAAAAAAGCCCUCAAAACGUUGGAUAACCCAGAUCAAACGCUUUCGGCGGACGAACAGGUAAACCAGACACGAGCAUGUCUCCUCAGCAUCGGGAAUCAAAUCAACCAAUGUCUGCUGGUGUACAAGGAUCCGGAGAAAAUCAAAGAAUGGCGAAGUAAUCUGUGGUACUUCGUUUCCAAAUUCACCGAAUUCGACGCCAAGAAACUUUUCAAGCUUUACAAACACGCGCUGAAACGGAGCGAAGGUGACGAAACGGGAAGCGUGAGUGGAACUUCUUCGACGGAAAAGAAGAAGGAACAUCAUCAUCAUAAUAACCACCAUCAUCAUCAUCACCACUCGAAGGAGGGUGGUUCCGUCCACAGCUCUCCAGUCAAAGAUGCCAAAGAAAAAACUCCGAAAAAAGGGCCUAGCACCCCACAGGCCCUGCAAACGUUGGGUAAAAUAAAGAAAAUUAGCAAAAAAGACAACGGUCAGCAUCGGCAUAGCAGUCCGCCGGUCGUUAGCACGCCUCUGGCGGAUCCGAUUAAGGAGAAGCCUAUCAGUAGCGAGCGGAGAGAACGAAAGGAAAGAAAGAGACUUCACGGAGGAACCGGCACUCCCGAUCGAGGGGGACUAACCGCGGAUGGUGAUCCCCACCAACGUAAGGAGAGAGACAAAUAUCUCGGACAGGACGGCACUGAUGGAGGCAAGGACGAUGGAUUCAGUUCAGUCAAGCGGAGACUCGAGGAAGGGGAACUUGACGAGAAUAGCAAGGAAUAUAAACGAUUGCACGGUGAUGGAAGGAGCAGUAGAGAUCGGGACAAAAAAUGGGACGAAUACUCCGAGCGGGAUCGUGGCGGCAUGCGAGGAGGGAUCGCUCGCAGUAGCGCACCUGGAACGCCCCAAGGAACGCGAAACUUCCCCGAUGGGGGAGGACGUGGUAUAUCGUACCCAGACGAUCGAUGGAGCGGUCGAGACAGGUUCAGUGACCACAAGCGCGAUCGAUAUGACAAUUAUAACCGACACCCGCCAUCAAACUACCAUCGCGAUCACCGAGACCGGGAACGAGGUGAUCGAUCAUACAAAGACAAACGGAGGUACCCACCCCCACCUGGAGGAUACCCAAACAACCACUAUGGAAUGCCCCCCGGUAGCUAUUAUCCCCCAGGAGAUAAUCCCUAUCGGUAUGCCGCAGGCUACGACCGAGGUGGAGGCCCACCAGGCGGCGCCCCUGGUGCAGAUUUUAUGGACUAUCGGGGAAGCGGUGGUGGUGGUGGACGAGGCGAUUAUGACCGGAGGCCUCCACCAUCGACUAACUGAAAACGGAAUUUGGAGCGGGAGAACAAAGUGAAAAAAGAGCAGUUCGGUAUUUGUGAAACAAUAGGUUAGGUUUAUCUGGAACAACAAUUAGACGCAACUGUGAAUGCUAUAUAUAACCACUACUAUAUAUAGUAACCAAUUUUCGGUACUUUUGUUACCUGUCGCUCCUGGAAAUAGUUUUCUUCUUUUUUUACAAGAAACAAAAUGCUAAGAUUUUAAACAAUCGUUGUAAUAAUUUAUUGAGCCAUCAACAUUACAGAAGAAAAUGCACAUAUUCAUCCACGAACCGGGGUUCAUUGAAUGUUCACAAAUUCCCUAUACCUCCAAACUUCGUCCCUUCUUUUAAGUUGUUCAAAUAAAGAUAUAACCAAUCCACUAGAGGAAUGGAAUGCAUUUUGCUCCAACGUACACACACACAUGCUGUAAAUAAUUUCGAAUCGUACAUUACUAAAAGUCAACGCAGAAUUUGAUGCAGAUAAUAUGUGAUGGUGAGAUAGUUAAAGAGCCGUUGUGUAUUGCUGCGUUUGUAAAAAUAUUUGUAAAAAAGAGAUAGGCUGUAAGGAAUAAAAAUAUUCGCAAUAAGGAUAAUGACACGAUUUAGUGAAACUAGGAAUGCAACAAAAAAUCAUGUGAGAACUGUGAGCGCGAAAGAAGACUGGCAACUGUCGUUCAUAGGGGUAGAAAGUUAGUUUCUACGAUAUUUUAAUUUAUACCAACCAAUUGUCGAUAGCAAGUAUAUUUUUAUUUAUAAGCAUAAGAUAGAUUGGAGGCAUAAUUAAAAUUGAAAACUGGCGAAAUCUUGCGUUUGAGCUGGGUGGUGUCUGGUUCGGUCCACCAAAACAACACUGCUAAAGCAGACGGUGGAAGUCAGCGUGAUUGUAAUUGUAUUACAGAAAGCGGCGGUAAAUCUCAAGACUCAACAACUUGAAUUUCGUUCGAAGCAAAUGCUUAUUAGCUCUAAAUAGCAAAUGCACGAUUUCAAUGAAUAAACAUUGGAUCAGUAAAUGAAUAAUAA